AUGAAAGAUGUCCCAGUUCCGGGCGCAGCUGAUGCGCUGCGAAGGCUGCGAGAGCAGUACUUCAUCCGCUUUCUCACUGCCCGUGGGUCCUACGAGGACCCCUUCAACGUCACGCAGACGUGGCUUGAGCUGAAUGACUUCGAGUACGACGAGUUGAUCGUCGUGGAUCGGCCCCAGUCCAAGGUCUGCCAUCUUACACCCGAGACCAUCUUGGUAGAUGAUUUCACCCAGGGCCACGAGAAGGAGGAGCCUUCGCUAAAUCAGAAGUUCAUGGACAAGCUCUCUGCCGUCACGACCCCAGAGCUGUG